GGAAUAAUUUAGACCUGUUACAUGCAACGAGCUUAUAUAUGUUUGUCAAGAUGCUCUUUAAAUUCAGAAGGCUGGGGAAAUUGUGAUGUAUGUGCGGCGCGCGCCGUCUCGGGGGUGUGGUGAUGCUCGUGCUGUGAACUCACGCGAGCGCGGGCGCUGAAUACUAGAGCACUCAGAGCGACGCACGGACACUGCGCACCGGAGAACCGACGGCAUGGCUUCGUCUCAGGGGAAGAGCGAACUCCGUUAUGCGGACUGGAUGUCAAGUUUACCUGAAACCUUGCACAGUAUUCCUCUUACCAACCUCGCCAUACCGGGUUCCCAUGACUCUUUUAGUUUCUACAUCGACGAAGCCUCACCAGUUGGGCCGGAGCAGCCUGAAACAGUGCAGAACUUUGUCUCUGUGUUUGGCACUGUGGCCAAGAAGCUGAUGAGGAAGUGGUUGGCGACACAAACCAUGAACUUCACCACCCAGCUGGAGGCAGGCAUCCGCUUCUUUGACCUCCGCAUAUCCACCAAACCCAGAGACCCCGACAACGAGCUCUACUUUGCACACGGCCUGUUCAGCGCCACUGUACGCGAAGGCCUGGAGCAGAUCAGCGCCUUCCUGGCUUCCCAUGCUCGCGAGGUCGUGUUCCUGGACUUCAACCACUUCUACGGCGUACAGAACCUCCAUCACGAGAAACUGGUCCAGAUGUUGCGCACCGUCUUUGGAGACCGACUCUGUCCAGUAGUGUUUGCUCAAGAGGUAAGCCUGAAGUACCUCUGGGAGAAAGAGUUUCAGGUGCUGGUCUUCUAUCACAAUCCCAUGGCUCUGGAGGUUCCUUUCCUGUGGCCGGGUCAGAUGAUGCCCUCUCCUUGGGCCAAUACCACAGAUCCUGAGAAGCUCAUUCAGUUCCUUCAAGCCUCAGUAAAGGAUCGGAGACGUAAGGGCACCUUUUUUGUGUCCCAGGUGGUUCUCACUCCCAAAGCAAGCACCGUCAUGAAGGGUGUCACCAGCGGUCUGAGGGAGACCAUCACAGAGAGGGCUCUUCCUGGCAUGAUGCAGUGGAUCCGCUCUCAGCGACCCGGGGAAAGUGGAAUAAACAUCAUCACGGCCGAUUUUGUGGAGCUGGGGGAAUUUAUCAGCGCUGUUAUCACCCUCAACUACUACCUGGAUGAUGAGGAAGAGAAUGCCACCUGAACCUCCAAAUUUCCCACAUCACUUGUGGUAUCAAUUACUUACUCCCUCUCUCUUUGCCAUAUAUUUAUUUUAUUUAUUUAUUUAUUUAUCUUAGGGUGGUGGAUCAUAAAAGCUCUGUUCAUGAGAAUGAGCAUAGAGACCAGACACAGUCUGGUAGAAUAAAUUCAGGUUUUGUCUGAAGAUGAAUUGGGUGCAGAUGGUGAUUUCUUUUCUUUCUGGGUGAAAAAAGGGCCUGACUGGCCUUUUCCCAUGUUUCUCUGCUUCCUAUCUAUUGGACUACUAGUUACUGAUUCAUACGCUCGAAACCUUGAUAAGUUUCCCAAAUUCUGCUUCUGAUGAAAGUAACAGUAACGUUAACUCAUUUCAUGAGAAUAAAUAUUGUUUGUACAGUGAAUGUGAUGCUGAAUCUAUAGUAGGUUUAAUUUCUAGUGGUCAUAGUAACUUGUACAAUUGUCGAGUUGUAAAUACUUGUAAACCUGUUGAAUUGUAACUUUGCUCACUAUUUGUCAUGCUCGAACAUACAUCAAGAGUAGAGGCUCCCUUCUGGGCCUCGGUCUGGUGUUACAAUGUUGAAGAAGUGAACUAUUAGAUGUUUGUACUCAACCAAAAAUUGCAAAUGUAUGUAACAGCAUUUCUGCCUUUCUGCCAUUAUCAACACUAAUAAGUGAGGCUUUGUAUCUACAUUUUUGUAGUUGUCCUUUACGUUAUUAUUUGGAAGUUUCCGCCACAGAAUAAAAAUUUUAAAAAGUAAGUGCGAAUUUUUUUUUUUUUUUUCUCGCAAAUUGUGAUUUUACAUCUUACAAUUCUAACUUAUUUUCUUAAAAUUGUGUUAUAUAAAGUCAGAAUUGCAAGUUUAAAAAAGUCAGUCUUUUUUCCUCAGAAUUGUACUUUAUAACUUGUAAUUGUGAGUUUAUAUCCUACAAGAAGUCCAAAUUGCGAGAUAUAAACAUAACUUGCAAAUGUGAGUUUAAAUCUUGCAAUUCUGAGAAAAAAAGUUGUGAGAUAAAAUGUCGCAAUUAUUUUUAAAAUUGUUUUUAUUCUGUGAUGAAAGCAAGCUUCUAUACUAACAGAUUAUUUUAUAUAUCCGUGAACAAUGUAAACAUUCAUUGCAUUUGCACUGCUCUGACUGUGGACUGUUAAAGAGUGGCCAAUGAAAUUUGCUGGUGCAGGACAAAAAUCCCCAAUCCAAUGACUUAAUAAUGCACAAUUUGCAUUCAAUUGUAAACAUGCAUACAUAAACAAACAAACACACAAGGGACUCACUUAAUGGGUGUGAACAGAUUUAUUAUAACGCCAUUUUCUAAUUAUCCAGACUAAUUGGAUAAAUAGCCAUGCUAAUGUUUUAAUCACACAGAUGCCAAGUAAUUGAAUUUGUUCAAUAUAUGACAUAAUGGAACAACGUCCCUUUGUCUUUCCUGUUUAGAUUAGUCCUAAUAGGCUUGUGGCACUGAAAAACCAGCUCAGAAAGUUUGCAGCAUUAUUUGUUCUUUGAAGUGUUUAAAUCAUGUUCAUUAAUAUGACAAUCCCAUGGCUAACCUGGAACAUGGACUUGUGUAAAUGCAUUACUCAUGCCUUUGUACAGUAUGGAAUCGCAUGUAGUCGUCAAGGUCGAUAAAUUGUACGUAAAAUUUCUAUGGGUAUGUGUCCUAAUCUAACAUUUCUGACAAAUCUGGUGUACAAUAAAUGUAAAUACUCCAUAUAAA